AUGGAAAGGGAUUUGCAGACAGACCCUCCUUGUCAUCCACGGGCAUGUGCAAUUCAAAAUUGCAUACAAAAGAACAACUACAACGAAGAAAAGUGCAGAAAAGAGGUGGACGCAUUGUAUGAAUGCUGCAAUGCCUUUUACGAAAGACAGGGCGAGAAUGCAAGCACCGUGAGCUGUCCGAAAUACUCGCUUUUGAAGCUCAAGAUGCAACAACGCGCCAAAGGCAUCUCAUAGCAUGCAGUCUUAAUCGCCGCCGGAUAUGGCUUUGUAUGAUUAGUUCCCUCAAUAAGAACCACAGCCAGUCGUCCCUGGGAAAAGGGC